AAACUUGAAGUAAUUGACCUUAAGAAAGAUGAAAUACCUAAAACUGAAAAACCCAAAGGCUUUUUCGGUGGUCUUUAUGAGACGGCUGCGAAACUUGGUGAUCAAAUAGAAAAUGCUCUUACAUUUGAUAAAGACAAACAUGAUAAUCAUGAGAAAGCAGAAGCUCUCAUUAUCGUUGAAGAAGCAACCACUCCUGAAAAAUGCAAAGAAAUCGUCUCGGGUCAAAAAGAUGAUGGUUGUAUUGAAUUGGGUGAUUCAGUUUGUAAUGAACUAGAUGCUCCCAAAGAAGAAAUCAUUACAACAAUUCAAAAGAAAGUUAAAAAUGAUAAACUUAAAUCACCCGAGCAUUCAACAAGUCUUGCAACUGCAAUUAAUCUUGCAUAUCUUAAGAAAGCUGCACCCCAUCACGAAGGUUUAUGGAGAGAUAAAUAUAAUAAAGCCCGUGAAUAUCUUUCUAAACAAAUAGGAGAUAAAAAUGCUGAAGAGGAAUUAAUAAAAUGUGCCGAUGAUUACGUAGUUGAAAAUUGCACAAAGAAAGUGAUUAAAGAUAAAAAGAGAAAUGCAGUAGUUACUGUGCAAAAUUCGACUACACCAGAAAAAUGUAACGAUGCAGUUUCUAAACAAAAUGAUGACGGAUCUUUUGAAAUUAGUGAGACGAUUUGUGAAGAUAUAGACGUUCCCAUUACAGAAGUCGUAACUACAGUAAAGAAAGAUACACAAAAUGAGAAACUUAAAUCACCCGAAUCCGAGCCGUGGUGGAAAACAGCACUUGCUCUUAGUUACCUUAAAGUCGCUGCACCACAUCACGAAAAUCUAUGGAAAGAUAAAUACAAUAAAGCUCGCGAAUAUCUUUCUAAACAAAUUGGAAAUCCUGCAGCAGAACAAGAACUAUUAGAUUGCACUGAUAAAUACGUAGUUGACAACGCCACUAAGAAGGUCGAGAAAGAUCAUAAGAAAGCCGCUGCACUUCCUCUUAUUCAAGAUGCAGCUUCUCCCGAUAAAUGUAAAGAAAUCGUAUCUAAACAAAAAGAUGAUGGCAGCAUUGAAUUGGAUGAUUCAGUGUGUAAAGAAUUAGAUACUCCUAAGGAAAAUAUUAUUACCACAAUUCAAAAGAACAUUACUAAUAAAAAACUUCAAUUACCUCAACUUCCUUCAUUAAUUCCAACUGCUAUUAAUAUCUCAUAUCUUAAAAAUCUUGCACCUCACCAUGAAGAUGUAUGGAAAGACAAGUAUGAUAAAGCCCGUGAAUAUCUUUCAACCCAAAUUGGGGAUAAAGAUGCUGAGAAUGAAUUAUUAGAAUGCGCUGAUAAAUAUGUUGUUGAUAAAGCAACGGGCAAAGUAAUUGAGGAAAAGAAACGGGAUGUAGUUGAUCUUAAGAAAGAUGAAAUACCAAUAUCCGAAAAACCUCAAGACAAAAGCCUUCUCAGUACUAUUCCUGAAACAAUUUCUAAUACGGCUAGUGGGGUUAUUGAUACAAUUAAGAACAUCCUUCCAACUGGAAUUGGUAAGAAAGAACCAGGACAGGAAGGCGAGCAUGUGAAAGGAAGAAGCGCUUUUGGAGAGACCAAGAUAGAGGAUGAACCUGAUAAGAAAGGCGAUCAUAAGAAAGCCUUUGCGCCUCCGGGUCUUUCCAAAGACCGCAAAGCAGAUGUUCUUGCUUCACUUCAGGACGCAGCUUCUCCUGAUCACUGUAAAGAUAUUGUAUCUAAACAAAAGGACGAUGGUUCUAUUGAAUUGAAUGACACAGUAUGUAAUGAAUUAGAUGUACCUAAAGAAGAAAUUAUCACCUCGAUCAAAAAGGACAUUAAAAAUGAGAAGCUUCAAUUACCCGAACUCCCAUCAUUACUUUCAACUGCUGUUAAUCUCUCAUAUCUUCAAAAUCUCGCACCUAAACAUAAAGGACAUUGGGAAGAUCAUUAUAAUAAAGGUCGUGAAUAUAUCUCUAAAAAAGUAGGUGAUGCUGAUGCCGAAAAAGAAUUAUUAGAUUGCACCGAUAAAUAUGUAGUCGAUAAAGCAACGGACAAUGUGCUUGACAACAAAAUUCAGCAUUAUAAGACAACUCAGUCUCUUAUCCUCCCUAAACAUAUCGAAGAUAUUAUUUGUGAUGACAAAGAACCAGAUCAAACUGAAAAGGAAGCUGCAUUUAACACUACUAAGGAAUCUGUUACUCCUGAGGUCUGUGAAGGUAUUACUUCUACAGCGAAUGAUGAUGGUCAAAUUGAAUUAAAUGAAACAUUAUGCAAAGAACUUGAUCUUCCAAAAGAGGAAAUUAUUACUACAGUUCAGAAUAACAUUCCUAAUGAAAAACUUAAAUCACCCGAUUUGCUUUCAACUGCUGUUAUUCUUUCUUAUCUUAAAAAUGCCGCACCUAAACAUGAAGGUCAAUGGAAGGAUAAAUAUAAUAAAGCUCGUGAAUAUCUCUCGAAGAAAAUAGGAGAUCCUAAUGCUGAGAAAGAACUUUUGGAUUUCACAGACAAUUAUGUAGUUGACAAUUGCGCCAAAAAAGCCAUUAAGGAUAAAAAGAGAUCUGCUGUUGUACAUAUUCAAUCAUCAACAACUCCCGAUAAACAUGAAGCAGCAGUAUCUAAACAAAAAGAUGAUGGAUCCUUUGAAUUGGAUGAUACUAUUUGUAAAGAAUUAGAAGUCCCUGUGGAAAACAUUGUGACUGGAGUCAAAUCGUGCACUAAUAACAAGAAAUUACAAACUCCGGAGUCAGAACCAUGGUGGAAGACAGCACUUACUAUGAGUUAUCUUAAAGUUGCCGCACCUCAUUAUGAAAAUCAAUGGAAAGAUAAAUAUAACAAAGCUCGCGAGUAUUUAUCUAAACAAAUUGGUGAUCCAAAUGUUGAAGAAGAACUAUUAAAUUGUACUAAUAAAUAUGUGGUUGACCGAGCACACGACAAAGCUAUCAAAUACGAUAUUCAAGAACCUAUUCAUGUUACAAAACUUGAUUUCACUGAUGAAACUUAUCAACAAGUUCUUGAAGGCUUACGUACCUUCGUCGAUGCUAAUGCUGCUCGUAUAAUUUGCAAAUCUCAGAAUGAAGACGGUUCCUUUACCCUAAAUCCUUUAAUUACCGAACAUCUCGAUAUAAAACCAGAAGAAUUUAUUAAAUCUCUCAAGAAGUACGUUGGUAAUCUUAAACUUAGAGGAUGUGAUGAUUCUGUUUGGAAUACUGCUUUUACGAUCUUUUAUUUAAAGAAUGUAUUAAAAGGCCAUGAAAAUGAAUGGCGUGAUGCUUAUGAUCGUGCUAGUAAAUGGUUAUCUAAAAAGAUCGAUGACCCGACAUUGGAAAGGGAACUAUUUUCUGCGUGUAAACAAUACUUAGUUGAACAAGGUAGCAAGCGCCUUUAUUCAAAACAGAUCCAAGAUACGGAAAAAAUAAGAAUCUUGAGACUUAAUGUUGAUGACGAAACACGUAAAAUAGUUUUAGAUGAUUUACGUACUAAUGGCACGGAAGAACUUGCUCGUACACUUUGUUCUGCACAAGAAAGCAAUGGUUCAUAUUCUCCAGACGCUUUAGCCACUUUACGCCCAUUAAUUCCUUCGCCAGAAAGUGCUGUUGAGCAUCUUAAACGUUAUGUUGGUAGUAUAAAACUUAGAAAUAGCCCUGAUUCAAUUUGGCAUACAGCCUUUGUAACUUAUUACCUUAAAAAUAUUUUGGGAGACCAUGAGAAAGAAUGGCGCCAUUCCCAUGACCGCGCCAGAGCCUUGAUAACUGAUCAGGUUGAUGAUGCUGAAGCAGAAAAGGAAUUAUACUCCGCUUGUGAACAAUAUUUGCUUCAACAAGGUAUUGACCUCAUUAACAGUCGAGGUGGAAUCCAAGAAGAGGAUGAAGAACAGGUCGAUGUUGUUGUUCUUCAAGUUAGCGAUGAAACACGUAAAGCCAUUCAUAAAAGUCUUCGUGAGGAUGUCAAUGAGGAAGUCACUCGCACAAUUUGUAACUCUCAAGAACCAAACGGUUCACACACCUUACAUAAAUCAAUUUCUGACCACCUUAAAAUCCCUUCAAUCGAUAAUGCCGUUGAGUCACUCAAGCGUUAUGUAGGAAGUUCAUUCUUGAGAAACUGUGAUCCUUCUUUAUGGAAUACAGCUUUAACAACCACAUAUUUAAGAACUGUAUGUGAUAACUAUGAACAAGAAUGGCGACCUACCUGUGAUCGUGCAGCAGCGUGGAUUACCGAACAAUGUAAAAACCCUGAAGCAGAAAAAGAAUUGUACUCUGCAUGUGACCAAUAUUUAAUUAAACAGGGUAUCGAUGUCCUUAAUGAAAAAAAUAGACAACCACGCAUUACUAAAAGACGAUCAGUAGUUAAAGGAGAGACUAUUCAAGUUAUUACACUUAAGGCAGAUGAUGAAACUCGCAAUGCUGUGUAUGAAUUCCUUCGUUCCCAAACUAGCCCAGAUCACCCUCGUACGAUUCUCACUUCUCAAGAAAAUGAAGGAUCAUUCACCCUUCACGAUUUAAUUUCUGAUCACCUUCAGAUUCCAGCAGGUCCUGUUGGUGAACCUAUUAAACGAUAUGUUCGCAGUCCAGUUCUAAGAGGAUGUAAUGCCUCCGUCUGGAAUACCGCGUUUACGAUUACAUACUUGAAUAUCGUAUUGAAUAAAUAUGAUUCCGAGUGGCGACCUUCAUGUGAACGCGCUGUAAAAUGGGUAGCCGAACAAGUAAAAGAUCCCGAAUUAGAAAAAGAAUUGUACUCUGCAUGCGAGCAGUACUUGUUUGAAUUAGGUUUUGAACUUAUGAAUAAUUCCGGUAAAGCCCAAACAUCCAAGUCUGUCGAUUCUUCUUAUAUAAUCCCCACUCGCUACGGAUCUGAUGGCGGAAUACUUUCACCUAAAGAUGCAUACCUCAAUUCAGAAUUAAUUGUUGUUGGAGCCGCAUGCACAGCUAACCGCAAACUCAAACAGAGUUGCACUGAGGCUGGACAAAAGAUUGAUAAAGCUCAGGCGCGAGAAAGAAUUAUAGUAUUUGUGGAAGAGGAGGUCAGCAACUUAUUUACCAAUAAUGUUACUCAUAGUAAUAAGGAAGAUGUGUUGCAACGCGCUAAACGCGCUGCUCAUUUCUUGAUUGACCAAUAUUUUGAUGAAUAUUCUGAUGAAUAUUAUAUAAUUCCCAUUCGUUAUGGUUCUGAUGGUGGAAUAACUUCAACCAUUAAUAUAGAAAAUUCUGAUAACCGUAAAACUAUUGACAUGGAUAAAAGAUACGUAACUCAAAAAUACGCCUUUACACCUAAAGAUACAAUAUCUAUCAAAAAACAUUGCGACGAUUUUAUUGAGUGGAUACCCUUUACGGAUAUUGAAAUAAAGCAUAUUCCGAUUAGAAAAGGGGAUUUUUCGGAAAUAUUUAUUGGAAAAUGGAAGCCAUUGAAACAAGAUGAAGCUGUCGAAAAUAAGGAAUUAAUAAAUAUUGAUAUUGUCCUCAAAGUUUUUAAGGGAUCUGAAAAUUUUCUUAAAGAAUUCAAAAUAAAUUAUCAAAUUAUUCAACUUCUUGGAGAAUAUGCUGUACCUUUCUAUGGUUUAAUGAUAUAUCCAGAAACGAAUGAAUAUGCGAUGGUUAUGAAACAUGCAAUUCAUGUUAUCUCAGGAAAUUUAUUAAUAGGUCUAAACUCACAUGGCCAAAGAGAGUAG